AUGGAGUUUGUGGCAGACUACGACAUACGGAUUCGCUACCAUCCUGUCAUUUUGGAAGGGCAGACAAGCGAGCCAUUGGGACUUCAAGCGGUGAAUCAGGCCAGCUUAAUUCAGAGAAUUCGAGAGGAACAACUUAAGGAUGAGAAGCUAUUGAAGAUCGCUGAGGAACUCAGAGGACAAGGCAGGCCAAAUAAUGCGGGAUACUACUUGGCAGAGGAUGGAACCUUGCUAAUUAAUGGGAGGAUCACGGUUCCUAAAGGACAAGGGCUGAGAGAUGAGAUACUAAGGAUUGCACAUCAUUCUUUACUUAGUAUCCAUCCUGGAAGUUCGAAGAUGUACCAAGACGUGAGAAGAUACUAUCAUUGGUCGGGCAUGAAGAGGUUAACCAAGGUUACACACUUGUUGCCUAUGCGGGACACUGAUAAAGUUGAAGAGUUGGCCGAGCUGUACGUCGACCAAAUCGUGAAGUUACAUGGUGUACCCUCAGACAUCGUCUCAGAUCGCGACCCUAGGUUCACGGCAUCAUUUUGGGAAGCACUACAAGAAGGCUUGGGAACUAAACUGUUCAGAAGCACGGCGUUCCAUCCAGAAACAAAUGGCCAAACGGAGAAAACCAUUCGAACCAUCGAGGACAUGCUUCGGAUGUGUAUUCUCGAUUGGGCAGGAACUUGGGAGAAGCAUUUACCGUUGGUCGAGUUCUCGUAUAACAACAGUCAUCAUUCAAGCAUAGGGGUGUCUCCUUAUGAAGCGUUGUACGGAAGGCCAUGA